GUGUGUGUGUGUGUGAUUUUCAAUAAUCAAUCAAUCAAUUAUUGAUAAAUAAAAUUUAUAUUUAUAUAUCGUUUAUUAUAAUGCAACAAAGAAAUUUAUAUUCAUCUUAUCCACCGGAAUAUGGUGGCGUUGUUAGUGGUGGUGGUGGUGGUGGUUAUAGUGGAUAUUCAAAUUAUCCACCACCACAGCCACCGCAACAACAACAACAAUUACAACCAACACAUUAUAGUGAUUAUUAUCAUCAACAACAACAACAAACAUCAGCUCAGCACAAUCAUCCACCAUAUUAUUCACAACAACAUUAUCGACAAAAUACCGAACCAUCAAUACAACAUCAACAAUAUGAUCAUUCGUAUCAAAAUGGUUAUCCACCAGGUGGUGGUGGUCGUCAACAAUAUGAUUAUAGUAAUAAUCCACAACCAUAUUUAUCAUCUUCAUCGUAUCAAGAUCGUUCAUAUCAACAGCCACAACAACAACAACAACUACCGCCACCACCACUGCCACAACAACAGCCACAGCUACAGGCACAGCCAGCACCACCGCAACCACCACCACCACCUCCAAUGAAACCAUCAUAUCCACCAAGUUUAAAUUUAAAACCACCGAAACCAACGACAGCAAAAAAUCCUUAUGGACAAACAGGACCAUAUGGAAUUGAUGCAACAAAUCCAUAUGUUGAUUAUUAUCGUAAAUUAUAUUAUCCAUAUGAUCCAAUUACCGGUGAAUAUAUGAAAGAUGCAACACCACCCGGUGGUGAUACCGGUACAACAAAUCUAUUGCCAAAUGUGAUGCCCGAUUCAAUGGCCAAUCAAAUGUUAGGACGUUCAUAUGCUUCAACAGCAGCAGGCGGAAGAUAUGGAGGUAAUUCAGCUAUUACCGGUGGUAUUUAUGGUAAUGAUCCAACAGCAAUGAUGAUGAUGAAUAAUUAUUAUGGUGGUGGUGGUGGACAAAUGUAUGGUGAUCAUGAACAGGAUUCAUUAUUAUUAUGUUGUGACUUUCUCAUACCGAGGCCAAAUAUUAAAUGUUUAUUAAUUACAUUGUUCAUAUUAUUAGUUUUGAUUAUAUUAAUUGCUGUAAUAAGAUUUUUAGUAAGCUUAAGUGGUGAUCAAAGUGAAGAGCUAGCAACAUUAUUGGAACAAACUUGUAUGCUAUUAUUAAUUGGUGCAUUAGGUGAUCUAUUAUGGAUUAUUGGUGUUUAUUUUACAUCACGUCGUACUAGACAUCAAAUUGCAACAAUUUUAUCGUGUGCAACAAAUUCCCAUACAAUUGAAACAACAUUAACAAAUGAUUAUAAUAAUAAUGGUUAUCUUUAUCCGGCUAAUAAUCCUAUUCAUCAACAACAACAACAACAACAAUUACAACAUCAACGUUCAUAUAUUGGUGGUGGUAUCGGUAAUCAACAAUCUGGUAUUAUGAGCAGUGGUGGUGGUGGCGGUGGUGGUCUUGGUGGAAAUUAUCGUUACAAUACUAAUAGUGGUCCAAAUUUUGUCUAAUAUAUACAUUCAAUCAUCAUUAUUAUCACUGCAGAUGUAAUCAAAUCGAUUAUUAUUUCCAAUUUUCAUUCAUAAUAUAU